AUGGGCUAUGAUGCAUCGGCUCAUGCGACUGAAGAGACAAAGAAAGCCGACAUCGGUGGUGUCUGGGGUAUGAAAAUAGUCGAAAAACAACCUGAAAUUCGACAAUCAGAUUGUUUUUCGACAGUUUGUCGAAAAAUAUUGAGCACAAAACCACAAUGCCGAAAUUCCGAUGACGAAAUUCCAGCUGUCGAUAUUCCGUUUUACCCUGAAGAUAUGUACGAUUUUCCAGCACAAUAG